AUGCGACGGUCUGAUACUCGAUCCAUACCACUUUUCCCAAGUCUUUACGUGUGCCGGCACCCCUCAAAGAACCCGACUCUACACAAGACUGUACCCCGCUUCGGACGACGACGAGCCCCGAACCGAUCGAAUACCGAAUAG